AUGGAUAGUUCAAAGAAGUUGGGAGGACCUCCGAGAAACAAGUCGUCUUUCUGGGAUUUCCACACUAUGGCUAUCAACUGUAAAUUGCAUGAACUGAGAAGCUCUGGCAACAGAUUUUCUUGGGCUGGUUGGAGAGACAAAGUGAGGGUUCAAUGGCGUUUGGACAGGAGUUUCGGCAACGACGGAUGGUAUCAGUUAUUUCCUUGCUCUCAGUUGGAGUAUAUGGAUAUGUGGGCAUCUGAUCAUAGACCCCUCAAAGUUUGUUUUGCUAUGGAGACUGAAUUGCUGAACAGAGGAAGGUUUCGAAGACGUUGUUCAACGUGGAUGGAAUGCACACAACUUGGGAGAAAAUUGUACUGUUCUGGAUCGUAUCAGCAGUUGCAGAAAAGAGAUGUCGUGAAGGAAAAUAACUUAUGA